AUGGACUUUACUUCACCCAAUGAGUCUGAUGUAGACAUGAUGCAUGAUGACUCAAUGUUGAAUGCCAAUUUAUCGGCACAAUAUGUUCAUCAUCAGCAACAGCAUCAAGUCCAGCGUUCAUUACCUCCACAUCCAGGCAUUCCAGGCAUGAACACGGAUCCACAGGCUGUUUUUCCUGGGGUUUAUGUGCCUGGUUUGAACCCGAUGGAACAGCCACAACAAGGUGAUGCUAUGGAGGAAUAUGCACGUCUUAUGGGCAUUAAAGUGGAGAAUGACGAUCCAAAUGUUAAUACCAAUGCUUUUGGUGUACCUAAUGGCCCAAAUAGUGAUAUGGCAAAGAUUCAAGCCAAUGCUGCCUACUUUGAAAAUCUCAUUAAUCGUGAGCGCAAUGAUACCAUGGAUGAUGGUAACAAUAUUACGUCCAUGACACUACCAGCAGGUAUUGGCGGUGGAAUGAAUGGUCAAUUUAUGGCUGCUCCCAUGGCACCUACGCCACCCAUGUACAAUCCAAAUUCAGAAUUGGCGUUUCAGGACGGUGGAUCGCGACUGUACGAUCCGUCGUCUGGCUUUCCGAGACAAAGCCCACCAAUGCCCUUUCACAAGGGACCCCAAGUUCGACCGGGCAUGUUGCCACCGGAUAUGGUCGGAUCUCAGACACUUCCACCUGAAAUCAUCUCGGCUAUGAUUAAAAAUAAUCCAUCUCAUAAUUUUGACAAUUUGAGUGAAGAUGAGAAACAGGCACUGAUUAAGGAGGAAAAGUCGAGAGAGCGCAAUCGGGACCAUUCACGCAAGUCGCGUCUUCGCAAGAAAGAGUUUGUCGAGUCACUCAAGCACGAAGUUGUACAGCUACAGGUCUAUCAGCAGAUUUGUGAACAAUGCAUGGACUGCAUUGCUCUUGUGGUAGCUGAGGCGUCAGCGGUCAUUCUUUUCUCAAGUGCUGCGUACACGCGUGUACUUGGCUAUCAAAACCACCAGAUUGUGCCCGGUCAGACGAGUUUUUUGGAUAUGGUGCACCCGGACAAUGUGCAAGAAGUUCGCGCGGUGUUCACAAAGCUCAACACUUUGGGCGAGACUCACAGAUUUAAAUUUCGAAUAAAGUCAAUGGACGGCGAGUACUUUAACGCGGAGACAACAGCACGUAUGGCGGAAAAGGGCGUGGUGUGUUCGACUCGCGUGGAUCGUGAUGUCUAG